CCGGUGUUAAAAAGACAAUUCUUUUUCAGAAAAAAAACCAAAAAUGGUCCAAAAUGUUACACAAAAAAGGUACCCUUUCUGACAUGACACACCAAUCUUCUUCAUCGUCCCGAGCCGAUUAAAUUUCUGUUCAUACCCGAAAACAGGGUCCUCAGUUAUAAUCAGAUAUAUACAUACAUGUAUAUUGUAUACUGUAUAUGAUCAAAGCUUGGGUUUCUCCGACUCGAACACUUAAACCAAGAUUUGAUGAAGAAUGAUAUAACAUGGGAAAACAAAGACAGCAGCAGCAGAUACAAGCCGCCGCCGCCUCCUCCUCCUCCUCUUCUUCUUCAUUGAAAACUAAAGCAGCCCACCUAGUUUCUGAUCUUACUACUGUCAUUCUAAACCCCAUCUCUGAUAAUAAUAACAAUACUAAUAAUAAUAAAUCUUCUCUGGUGGAACAUAACAGCGAGCCAAACAGAAAUCAGCUAGAGCCUCCUACAGAGGAGAGUCCAGGGGAUUCAACUGAAGGCCCUGAUACAUCUUCCUUUUCUGCAUUCCUUUAUUCUCUCUUAUCUCCUUCGGACUCAGCAAGUAAUCCAAACUUCAAUGGGUCGAGUGAAAAUGCAGCUUUAGAUGAGGUAACUAGGAAGGAGAGUAGUGGAAAGAAAAGCUUAAUUUCUAGGGGUAAACAAUCCCUUGGUAGAGCUAUCUAUCAGGCCACUAAAUUUAGUGGGUACCGCAAUCAAGCCUCUUCAAGGGGUAAUAAUAUAUCGGUGGAUGAAGAAAACAGUUCGAAGUAUUUUAGAGAUGAUGGAAUAUUAAUGAAAACUAUAAGUGAAUCUAUACCUCCGGAUAGUCUUCCUGAAGCUUCUGAGAAAUCGUUCCUUCUCUCAGAGAAGACACGAAGUGCUAUUUAUGUCGCAUUACCCUCGGUUGCACAGGGAAGGAAAUGGGUAUUGCUUUACAGUACCUGGAGGCAUGGCAUUUCACUUUCAACGUUAUACAGAAGAAGCAUGCUUUGCCCUGGUCCCAGCCUUCUGGUUGUUGGAGAUCGAAAAGGUGCAAUAUUUGGUGGUUAUGUUGAAGCACCCUUGAGACCAUCAAACAAGAGAAGAUAUCAGGGUACUAACAGUACAUUUGUUUUUACAAAUACAUCUGGUCUUCCGGUUAUAUUUCGUCCCACAGGGAUGAACCGCUAUUUCACUUUGUGUUCAACUGACUACCUGGCCUUGGGUGGGGGUAGUCACUUUGCACUCUAUUUGGACAGUGAUCUGCUGAGUGGUUCGAGUUCAGCCUCCGAAACCUAUGGUAACCCAUGUCUAGCACAUUCUGAAGAUUUUGAAGUGAAGGAAAUUGAGCUGUGGGGUUUUGUGUAUACCUCAAAGUAUGAGGAGAUGGUUUCUUUGUUGCGGUUGGAGGCCCCAGGUAUAUGCCGUUGGUAAAAGGUCUUGAAUGGAUUGUGAUGAAGCAUAAUACUACUACUAGGAGCUUAUGUUCAAGACUUAAUACCUUGAUAUCUUGAUGCUAACCCCCUGUCUACCUAAUAGAAGUAUUGUAUAUACAAGUAAUAAAACUAGUCGUCGUGAUCUAAAUCACAAUAGUUAUCUUGUACAUAUGUGUUGCAUGAUACAACAGUCUGAUGUAUAUAGCUUUCUUGACCACUUUUUUGGGUCGUAAAUGAUGGUUUGGUAA